AAACAAAUUGGCGAUUAUGUUUCAUUCCACAAAUGUUUAUUGAUCGAAUCAUCACUUCUCAAAGCUUUAGUUUGGAUAAUGGUCGCAACAAUAUUGUGGAAACUAUUAAAGUGGAACCCAUAGUUGAACCAAACCCACAGUUUGAAAGUGAAUUGAAAUUUCACAACAAAACUCCAAGCGUGCAUGUUGCUAAUUUAGGUCAACCUGAUUUUAAUGAAAGGAUUGAGAUGAACCAUUUAACACCACAGAAAAAAUGUGAAAUCCUGGAAAUCGUUGAUAUUAAACCAUUUAAUUUUAAUAUGACCAUAAAUCAUGAGCCUUACGACGAAGAAGAUGAUAUUCAAAUAUUAAGCCCGAAACAAUUGAAAGUUGAACUGACCGAUCCAGAUGAUGUUGGUGGAAAUGAACUUGAACAAAUAAGAAAUUAUAUAUUUGUUUCAACAGUGUUCUUACAGGAUCAUAAUUAUUCAUGUAAUUCGGUACCAUUAAGAUCAAUUGAUAAUAAUGUGAAGAUGGAACAUGAAGAUUGUGGUGAAGAACGUUUUAAUGCUGAUCACGAGUCUUCUCACAAUCUUUCUAUAGAUGCACCUAUUGUAAAGCACUGUGAUUUGUGUAAAAAAAGUUUCAAAACACCUAAAGAAUACAUAGUCCACAAAAUUAUUUCACAUCAACGUCGAAAUGCUACAAAAACUUUAUAUUGUCCCAACUGUAGAAAAAAAUAUUGUAACAAUAUCGUUAAAUUGAACAUUCACAAAAAAAUAUGUGUAAAAAAUGUUGGCCGAACAAACAAGAAAUUAUUUGUAAGAAAAGAAGUUACGAAGAAAAGUUUUACAAAAAUGAUAAGAAAACCACAGUCAAGGAAAAAGGAUUCUUACGUUUGUCCGACUUGUUCUAAAGUUUUUAGUGGACCCAAGAAUCUUUACCAACACAAAGUAUCUCAUACAAAUAUUCAUUAUAGUUGCAAUCUUUGUAAUAAAAAGUUUAAACGGCCUCAUGGACUUCGGCAACAUGUAAAAUCAAUUCAUGAAAAAAAUAAGAAACAUAUUUGUCCUAUAUGCAACUACAGAUAUCUUCUUAAAGCUGAUAUGAUAAAAUGCAAGCAUUCUAAGCUAAAGCAAAUUUAUAUUGAAUAG